AUGGGCUCUCUGUACAACCAAAGCAUUCCCAUCCUCAUCAAGCAGAUGCGGAAUCUGUCCCACCACCUGACGAAGGCCGUGCAGUAUGCCGAACAACAGAAUGUGAAGCAAGAGAAGAUGCUCGAAUGGCGUAUGCUCCACGACCUGCAAGGACCCCUCCUCUACCAAAUCCAAAGCGUCUUGAACGCCGCCAAGUUCCUCCCCUUCCGUAUAGGCGCGCUAAAGGAAGACACGUACUUCCCGGACGACGAAAGGACGUUUGAAGAACUGCUGGCCCGCACUGCUACUACUCUUCAACUGCUCGAGAGCGUCGACGAGCAAUUCAUGGACUCGCUCGACGGCAGCGAGCCGGUCAUCAUGAGGACGAAGGGGCAAAACUUCAAGUUCGCCAAUCGUCAGGCGUAUAUAGCGAACUUCGGCAUGCCGAAUUUCUACUUCCAUCUCACGACCGCUUACUUCACUCUGCGCUCUUUGGGGGUCAGGUUGACUCCAAUGGAGUUCCAUGGCUGGGGCACGCUUGAGAAGACGGAUGAGCCGUAG